CACAGGUGUCAGUGGGGAUUUCUCUUGGAAUAAUACCUGUUUUUGAAGUGAUAUUUACGUCUCUGUGCAUAAUUGUACGGCUAGAUUGGACUAUGAAUACUGAGUGCAUACUCCGAUGCAGUAUUGGAAUAAGUGAUGUACUCUAACUACGAGAAAUAGCCAUUUCGAGUGUCAAUUUUCCGACAAAGUUGAAUACAAGAUGGCGGCCACAAAUAUAGAAAUGGACCCUAGUUUGGAUAGGUUACUGAGCUCGGCUGAAUGCUCUCCACGCCAUGAUAUCGUAGAACAACUUAUUAUGGACUAUGAUUUUGAUAUGCUGGAUGAAGCAAGGACGUACCAGUUCUCAAAACUUCAAUUGUAUCUGAGUACUCAAUGCGAGAAACUAUAUGGACCCGUGUCAACGAGGGGUGAGGAUCAAAUUGACGAUAUCAAGCCAAAACGCCGAACUGGAGACAAGAAAAUAGUAAGCAUGGCGAAUGAUAUUUAUGAUAUGUAUGUUUAUCUCAUGUGUCUCACUGAUCACUUCCCUAGGAACAUUUUAACCCCGACAAGACGACUGCCUGAAGGCUUUGCCCGUGGGCCUGAUGCCCAGCGUAAUAGGGUGAUUGACGCACCAGCUGCACCCUCGGUAAUGGACCUAACAGCAAAGGUAACAGAGAUCACUAUGGAUUACCGUAGGGUCAUUCAGGAGAUGGAUUUAUUGAAACGCAAAUGCAGUAAGUUGGAAGAGGAUGUAAAAAUCCUUACAGAGAAAGUGUGUUUACAAAAUAUGACCUUGGAAAAGCCAGCCCAAGGUAAUGUGUCAUUGUGUCCUCCCCUGCAUAAUACACCAGCGCCUGCUGAUUUAUCUAAAUCGCCGAACAAGGCUAAUUGCAUGUCAACUACAGCUACAAAAGCUGCUGUUUCUAAUCCGAUUAACUCUACUCAACCUGUGUUGAGGCAACACAAUUCACAAACACUUGAACCACAGGGUGCCUCAAAUACAAAACGCAGUGACACGGCUGUUGUUUUAAACAACCGGAUUAGCUCAGCUACUGAAUCGGUCACCCAAACGACGAACCGUUUUGCUGUCUUGACCGAUAGUGCCAAUUGCGGACAGGGUCAGAUCGCCACUAACCCCGCUACUUCGAACAAAAACAUUAUGCCUGAUUUGCCUGACAAACAAUCAAAACAUGCUUCAUCUGAAAAACAAGAUGGCGGUAUAGCGCAUACAGGCAAACACGUACACACGAGCGAUAACGAAGAUCAAAGUGGUUUCGAAGUUCUUAUGUCCCAAGACAAGAUGGACAGAGAAUCUAAAGAUACUGAGAAUGAUUGGUGUAUAUAUUCAUCCCGAAGGAAUAAGCGUCAUUACAGUACACCUGUUUCAGGCCAAAUUCCGUCAAAGACACCACUGUCGUUCGCGAAUGUUGUUUCUAAACCCAAGCCCAAGACUUCUGCCCCGACCAAGACGCCCGCGCCUAUACCUACCCGUACGAAGCCAGGCCGUGGUCUACGUGGUGUAACUGCUGUUAGAACGACGACGCUGUAUUUGGAAAAUAUAGCAAAAGAGGAUAUUGAGUCCGAUGAAGAUAUCAUUCUACAAGUUAAGGACUGUGCCCUUGAUAGUGAAAUUAAUAUUAGACAAGCAUAUAUUGUCCAUAACAAAGUGAGCACGAAACGAGUAGGAUGUAAAAUCAUCAUUCCCAAAGACCAUGUUGAGCGAGCCCUCUCUAUGGAUGCAUGGCCCCACCCGGUAAAGUGUAGAAAGUGGGAAUAUUUACCAAAGCGUAAAAGGAACACGUACCGUGAUUUUAAACAGAUGCUAGCGUAUAACGAUUGGAAUUCAGAAGUGCACGACUUAUCUGGUGAUGAUAACCUUGAUUAUGAUAACAUAUAUGAAGCAACUAAUGAAUUCUACAGGAUAUCGCAGUGGGGACAAAGUGGAAAUAACAUGAUACUUAACCAAGAUGAUAAUGGCAGCUAAACCCAUAACAGUGACUGCGUGGAACGCAAAUGGCCUCAGUGCAUCUAGCCCUUAUCUUGGGAAACUACUCUCCCAGUCAGAUAUCCUAUGUCUGAGUGAACAUUGGUUAUAUGAAUCUAGUCUUGACAAGUUAAAUGAUUUUGAUAAACGUUUUGAUAGUAUAGCCGUCAGUAGUAAAACUCUAGACCCAUUAAACCAGGGUCACUGUAUAGGUAAUGGCGGGGUGGCCAUCUUCUGGAGACGUUCAUUGACACGUUUUAUUUAUCCACAAAAACGAUUGUCUUCAAGUGAUAGAUUCGUUAUCAUAAAAAUAAUGCAACCUGGUUUCAAAACCCUGUACAUAGCUUCUGUAUAUUUACCUCAACGUAACUGUAAAACAUCCAAUUUUGCAGAUGUACUAGAUGAGCUUGAGGAUGUGAUAUGGACGAUGAAACAGGAUGGGGAUGUACUGAUAAUUGGUGAUGUAAAUGCCAAUCUAGGAUCCCUUUAUGGGGGUCGAGGUGUUGGUAAGAUGAGUAGUAAUGGUGUAUUGUUAAAUGAUAUGUGUACUCGAUGUAGCUUAAAUGUAAUUGACUUAACAGAUAAAUGUUCUGGCCCAGAGUAUACAUACUAUAGAGAAAAUGUAGGAAGCUCUUAUAUUGAUCACUGCCUUGUAUCAGAAGAAU